UCUGAACUAUCAGCGCAAGUUAAUUCACUAUAACUAUUAAUGUCUGCUCUCUUGUGACCCGUGAACCCAGAUUGGUGAUGGACAUCAUUGCGCCCACUGCUUAGCCUCAGGGCCUGUUUCAUUCGGAAAAUUAUGAAUGAUCGCCUUAAAAAUCUGCAGGGCUGCCAGUAAUGGCUGCCUUGCAUUCGGUGUUCUAUCUUCUCGGCUCUGCAAUAGGGUGAAUCGAAUAAAUACGAAAGAGUGGGAAACGGUGACAUCUUGCAUGAGGAUUAAUUCAGAUAGUAUAACAGAAAACUGUUUCGUCGAAAACAAUCCAAAUGAAUAUGCGAUCAGCACACGACGUUUUUGGUUCACCGAAAGUGAUGAUGUAUUGUUUUCCGAGUACCAGGUUGUUCAGGCAUUUGGGCCUGUACCCCCCAAUCACCGACUACCGAAAACGCUUGAUAUGAUUGGUUAACGGACUUCGGAAACACCGCCACACAGCUUCACACAAUCUAAGCCUUCAUAUGUAAACAUCUUAAUUACGAUCCUACAAGACAUUACUGACGCAAUAGGCAAUACUGCAGCGGUCACUCGCGCGGAAGCUUUGAUAAGGUCUGCGACGGCCCGUUUUCCAACGGUCACAACUGCAUCAAUCCUACACCAACAAACAACCACCGACUACAAUCCAGCAACUUCAGAUCCACCUCUCAACAUGGCUGGCACGCUUUUCGACGACGAGGUUAAGAAGACCAAGAGCGACUUCAAUCGGACGGGUGCCAUUGCAGGCGGAGUCAUUGGCGGAUUCGCUUUCAUCAUCUUGUCUCUCGCGGUGUGGGCACUCUGGCGCGCCAGGAAGCGGAUGAUCCUACAUCAACAGGUCAAACAGGAUAUUAGAUUGGAGGAAGCCCACGCCGGUCUUUCUGGCACUGCCAAUACGAUUUACGUGCCUCCGCCAGCGUACUCUACAACGGACCCCAGCUCAGCUUCACAGCCUCCUCGAUCUCUACCAACGCAAAUGGCAUCCAGCACCUCUAAAGGCGACCGGAAAGCCCAGAAAGAAACGCCUAUUGCGACCCAGAAAUGA